AUGAAGUUUUCAACAGACAGAAUAGCAAAAUAUAAUCGGGUUGAUGUCGACGGAACGUGCUCCUGCGUCUUUGUACCUAACACGCGGAUAAAUAACACAGAUAAUAAGGCCAUCAGAAUAAUGAUAAAUACCGAACGGAUGCUUGGAGAUAGCAACUCCAUUCGUAAGCGUAAGGCCUUCAAAUUUCACGCAAUCAAACAGUCGCGUUACUUUGAAGCUUUGAAACAACUUCCAAGUCUGGUAUCAUCCCAGCAACUGACUCAUGAUGCUAUUUUCCGAGAAGUGCUAGUGGAAUUCAAACAAGUCAAGCAAGACCUGGUAAGCAUUAAUGAUCUAGUUUUAAAAGACAUAACGCUAGAGCUGGCACAAACAAGUAAAAUCGAAAGUCAGUUAAAGGUGUCUUUGCGGAAGUUACAUCAUCACUAUAAGAAAGUUUACAAAAAGAGAGUAGUUAAUGAAAGCGCUGCUCUUUCGGAGUCUGAAAGCUGUACUGCGAUCAUUACUGAGAUACAAGAAUCCUUAGUUGCAUUGAAACAGCAAUCUGAAGUUCUCGCUCAAAAAAUCGCGGAGAAGGACAAUGAGCUACCACGAAAGAAUAGACUACUCAACGACCAAGUAUUUAACAAACGGCAUUACCCUUUACUUUUCGACGCCAUUAACAAAACAGCGCAUCCUUGUGGCUCUGCGAGCGAUGAAGAAACUGAGGCGAACGGGGCGUCACCGCGAGUGGGCGCAACUUUUGUGGGAGAUGUAGGUGCACUCAAGCCACUUAAUGCUUCUAACGAAGCUUCUGAUAUUGAACAGCUCCAACAUGACGCCAUCCAAUCUCAAAAACUGAACAAUGCUAAACGUCAAUCAAUUGUUGUUCCAAUGGCGGCUUGCCAAAUACCAAAUGUGAUGCUCACACCUCAAUUUCGCAAGGUCUCACCCGCAUCUAUUAGUACCUGCUACGAACAAGCAACUCAUGUAGCCUCGAAAGAGCAAACAGGAAACUUGGGCGACAUUUCAAAUAGUUUGCACGAUAAUUUAAGUAUUCGAAAGUAA